GUUUCCAUGGCCCUCGCCGUCAGGAUGGUGAAGGAUUCGAGGGAUGCUGGCGCAUGCGAUGCCCUGUGUAUGUUCAGAAGUGGAUCCAGCAUCAAAGAGGAUUCGUGGAGGACAUCGCCUUUGACAGCCCCGUGCAAGGAGCCUGGCACUUGCUGCGUGUCUUGCGCGUGCCCCUGCUGUACGGCAUGUCAGCAGCGACAAGAAAUUCUACGCUUGGCGAAUCUGGACUAUGUUUGCUGCGGUGGUCUUUUUGCCGCGGGCGCUCUUGCCCCAUUCUGGAGGAGCCUUUUCCAUUACCAAUCUUGGGAGUACUUCUCGAGGCUUUUUGCUGCACGCCUUUCGCGAUUAUCGGCAACCGCAAACUGAUCCAGGAUGAGUUUCAUCGC